AUCAUUCCGAUAUAGUAAAUUAACAUAUAUCAUCUCUACACAUAAACAAAAUGGGUAGUCAUGGUAUCCGUGGUUUAACGUUUACGAUAUUAAGUUUCUUAUGGCUAAUUAGUAUGGAAUCGUGUUUUUCACAAGUCGAUCAGCAGGAUCCACAAGUUCCUGGAUUUUUCAUAUUUGGAGACUCCCUAGUUGACAAUGGAAAUAACAAUGGUAUACUUAGCCUUGCUAGAGCUAACUAUGCGCCUUACGGUAUUGACUUCCCUGAAGGUGCUUCCGGAAGGUUUAACAACGGCCUGACGAUGGUUGAUGUCUUAGCUCAACUCCUUGGGCUUCCAAAUCUAAUUCCUCCAUACGCGAGGACAAGAGGUCCUGCGCUUUUAAGAGGAGCCAAUUUUGCAUCUGGUGCGUCUGGUAUUAGGGAUGAAACCGGCAAUAAUCUGGGAGCUCACGUGUCAAUGAAUCAACAAGUAGCAAACUUCGCGAGAGUGGUACAACAGAUGAGAAGGGCGUUCAGAAGAGAUGAUAAUGCCAUGAGUGCUUACUUGAGCAAAUGUAUUUUCUAUUGUGGACUGGGAAGUAAUGAUUACCUUAACAAUUAUUUCAUGACUAGUUUCUAUGCAACCAGCCGUCAAUACACUCCGGCAGCUUAUGCUGCAUCUCUUCUUCAAGACUAUUCCCGCCAAUUAACGCAACUCUAUCAAUUGGGAGCUCGCAAGAUUGUAGUAACAGCAGUUGGGGGGAUAGGUUGCAUACCUUACCAAUUAGCACGAGUCAAUCCUCGCAACCGUACUGCUAAUAGCCAGUGUAAUGAAGAUAUAAACAAGGCAAUAUACAUUUUUAAUGCUGGGCUUCUAAACCUGGUGAAAAGCUUCAACAACGGCCGACUACCUGGUGCACAGUUUGUGUAUUUGAAUGUAAUCGAGAGCGCAAAAGAUCUCGUCAUAAAUGGCGCUGCUUAUGGAUUUGAGGUUUUUGACAAGGGAUGUUGUGGUGUGGGAAGAAACAAUGGGGAGAUAACUUGUCUUCCGCUGCAACGACCAUGCCCGGAUCGUAGUAAGUACCUAUUUUGGGAUGCAUUUCAUCCUACAGAAGCUGCAAAUAUCAUCUUGGGGAAGAAAGCGUUUAGUUCGAAUUCUGCAACUGAUGUUUAUCCCAUGAACAUUCAAAAAUUAGCAAUGCUGUAAGGCUUAGCUAUAAUUGAAGAGCUUAACUUGAAAAAGACAUUGAAUUAUUUUCAGCAGUACUGUUAACCCUUUGUAACUGCUUAUUGUGAAUGCUUGUGUAUCAUUUCAAUAUUUUCAACUAAUUAUAUAAGCUUUUAGUAUCAUUUAUUGCUUGACUUGUCUUGACUAUAAAUGGAUUAAACCGAUCUCCGGUGUCCCAUCUGGUCAAUUGGUCGCUUAAAAUUCCACGUCGUCAAUCCACGUGUCACCAAUCCAGUGACAAUUUCAAAAGGGCUCCCUGCCUUCAUCCAAUGAGAUGUCUUUCAGUAACACUCUCUUUCUCUUCCAUUUCUUCAGUUUCCUUUUCCACCACCAUAAGAAAAAUCCCAGCUGCCUGUUUUUUGUAUUGGUCCUAGGAGGAUUCUGAUGGAGAUUUAUGCCCAUAAAGAAACUUGUAGCGAGGAGAAACUUGUCAAGAUAGGUUUGCAAGGAGUAUCUCUACUAUCGGAGGGAUCGACAUCCACCAGUCGAAAUCCUAAAAUGUGAAGCUUGAGCUUACUUGGGGAAGUACGAUGAUCUCCCAUUUUAUCCGAGUAUAUCCGAGUAAUUUACCAGACAUAUAUGUACCCAAUUUCGUAAGGUACGUAAAUCUAGAAGUACAUUCCAGUGUUUUAGGAGUUACAUUUGUUUUUGAGGUUAGAUGAGGUUAUCCUCAAUACCACCAUAUCUGCCAUGAUGAAUCAACUUGCAGUCUGUUGAAUCCAAGCGUGCAAUUCAUGGAUGCUUUAAACUUCUACCGUCUAUUGGGCCACUUCCCAGCACCGAUCUUGGCAAGAUGUUCCUUUGCUUGACCAGCUUGGUUUCAUUCAAUAAGGGGCAA